GCUGAAAUCCUAAUGAACCGACCCCACGCGAGAAAUUCAUUGGGAAAAGUAUUUGUAAAUGAACUGUUCAGUGCUCUGGAACAACUCCGCUUCGAUGAGAAAGUCCGCGUGGUGGUGUUUAAGAGCGAAGUGAAAGGGGUAUUUUGUGCUGGUGCAGACUUAAAGGAACGUGCACAGAUGGAUGAUGCAGAAGUUGGACACUUUGUUAAAAGGCUGAGAAACCUCAUGGAUGAAAUAGCUGCCCUGCCUGUACCCACAAUUGCUGCAAUAGAUGGCUACGCACUGGGUGGUGGACUAGAACUGGCGUUGGCUUGUGACCUUCGAGUAGCAGCUUUCUCCGCUAAAAUGGGCCUUAUUGAGACCACGAGAGGGCUUCUGCCUGGAGCAGGUGGAACCCAGCGCCUGCCCAGGUGUGUUGGAAUAGGUCUUGCAAAGGAACUCAUUUUCACUGGCAGACAGAUUGACGGACAACAAGCCUUCUCAAUGGGAUUAGUAAAUCACACAGUGCCACAAAACAAGGAGGGAGAUGCAGCUUACCAGAGAGCAUUAACUUUGGCUAAAGAAAUCCUUCCUCAGGCUCCAUUUGCUGUGAAAAUGGGAAAACUGGCAAUAAACAGAGGAAUGGAGGUUGACAUUGCAUCGGGGAUGGCUAUCGAGGGGAUGUGUUAUGCCCAGAAUAUCCCCACAAGAGACCGCCAGGAAGGGAUGGCUGCCUUCAGGGAAAAACGACCACCUCAGUUCACUGGCAAAUAA